AUGAAUUAAUCUCCAAGCAAAGAGUUCAUAAUUCUUCCUAGCUCUAACACUUCUAGAAAUUAUUCUCAUUGUUCUUCUAGACUGAAUUCUAGAUUGAGCUAAUAGAUGCCUCAAAAUUAGUUUAACAUGCAAUACCCGUUUCAGCCAAAGGAUUCCAAUAGUUUAGACAUGAAUGGCUUAGAAAUGGAAAGUAGCGAUCCACAUAAAAUGGUGUCUUGUUCUCAUCAAGGCAAAUAUUCCAACAACUAAAAGUCCAUUAAGCUAUUAGAAAGAGGAAGGAUCACGUCACCGAUGUACAAAUAACAAAGCAAAGAUGCCAGAACUGAGCAGUUGAUUAAAAAAUUUAUCGAUAAAUUAAAAAUAGGCUCCAAACCAUUUGCGGAAAGUAAUUGUGUCAAUCAACUACUACAAACAGGAUCAAAUGAGGUUUUCCCUGAAAAAUUUAAGGAGAGAACAAAAUUUAAUUCCAUUAAGAAUUCUAUAACAAUUCCAAUACCACGUUCUAGUAAAUUUAGAGAAAUUUGGAAAAUAAUUAUGUAAGUUACUUAUAUUACAACUCUUAUAUUCUCCCCAUUAAUAUUGAUUUACCCCAAAAACUCAGAAAGCAUAAUACUGUUGUUUUCCUAAUUGAUUCUCACUGCUUUAAACAAUCUUUUUAAUCUACACACUAGCUACUACUAAAACGACGUAGAAAUCACUAAUCUCAGAUAGAUUCAGCAUAAUUACAUAAGAAGAUAUCUAAUUAAGGAUGUUCUAGCGUAUUUGUCCUUCAUAUUCAUACUGCAGUUUUGUAUGACUCACUUGUACAUUACCAUCAUAGCAGUUAUCGUUUUGAAUAUUGUAACAAUUCAGAAAGUGAAGUUGCAUAGCCUUUUAUCAAAAUAACUUGCAGUAUUGCUGGCCUAUAGAUUUAGCAUUGCUAUAUGUUAUUGUCACCUUUUCGCUAUCAUUCAAAUGUCAAUGAAUCAUUCCAACAUAGUAAAUGAAUCAAUCAGUAAUUAAUUUAAAAUCUAUUUAAUCUAUCUGCACAAGUAUUUAGAUGAAUACUUGACUAUUUACGGAUCAUUAUCGCAAGAAACUAAUUUUGAGUUGUAAUUUGCUAUUUUCGUGUAAAUAGUUUAAACUUGUAAUAGGAUAGGAGCAAUUUUGGAAAUUCUAUUCUACUUUUAUCAAAACAUUGAUACGUACUUACUCAAAAAACACUACUUCGAUUUUAAGGCUUUUCUUAACCAUCAUAAAAUAGAUUCUUAAUUAAAAAAGAAGGCAUUAAGUAAUUAUAAAUUUGAAAUGAAAAGUGAUUAAUUACAAUAGAGUUCAGCUAUUGACACAAAAUCAAUCUAAUUUAUUAACAGUGAGAUUUAUAAGAAAAUUGAUAAAACCAUCAAUGCAAAGUAUUUCUAGAAAAUAGCCGUUUUCUAAAAGUUCUCAUAAGACACUCAAGAGAGACUAAUUGAGAAGAUGACAUAUCAAAUUUUCUAACCAAAUGAAAUGAUAUUGAAAUAGAAUAGUAGAGAUGAUGAUUCAUUAUAUAUGAUUAAAAGAGGAUGUGUUAAAAUCUGUUAUACUGGUAUAAAUAAUGCAUAAACUGGCAUAAAACAGCUAACCAAGUUUUAGACUUUUGGAGAAGUGUCAUUCUUCACAGGUUUGCCGAGAACAAGUAGUGUGAUUUGUUUAGGACCAGUAGAAACAUAUAAAAUCACAAGAAAUGAUUUCUUAAAUGUCAUAAAAAACAAUAGAUCAGAUUUCGAAAUAGCUUAAUUUCUAAAAGACUAAGUCACAUUCGAGAAUCUCUACGAUUAAAUUGGACUGAGAUGCUUUUGUUGCAAUUCUCCAAAUCACUUACUUUUUUCUUGUGACAAAUUGCAUUAUCAUCCCAAUAAAGAAAAGGUUUUAAGUCAAUGUUCUUAUAAUCAUAAUCAAAUCAGAAGAUACUAUUAAAGAAGAGUUAAAAGAACUCAAAACAGCAGAGAUUUUUUAUUUUAAAUUGGAAUGGCUGGACAGGAAUUUCAAGAAAAUAAUUGCAAUGUUGAUUCAUAAAUAUUGAGGGAUCUCACUAAUAAUCAGAAUUAUUUGUCAUCUACUUAUAUAUAAUAAAAUCAAUCUCAAAAGUAAGUCAGUCACAUGCCUGUAGUUUAUCGAACAAGACCUAGCAAUAGCAUCUUACUUAAUAGUGAUUUAGAUGAUGUUAAAGAAUCGUGUUUUGAAAUUGAGACCAACAAAAUUAGAAAAGAUUCGCCAAUAUAUGGUUAACAAAAUCAAUUUUAGACAAAAGGUGUUGUUAAAGAGCUUGAACGAGAAGAUCUAGAUUCAAUAUCAAUUAUUAAUUAAAAUAUUUGUUAGGGAUAAACUAUUUAAUAAAUUUAGGGAUAAUCUAUUUAAUAAAUUUAAACCAAUAAAUUAAAUAUUGGUGAGAAUCCAGAUAGAUUAAACGACUUGUAUAUUUUUGACUUAUAGAUGCUGACCUAAUAAAACAGUCCAAGAAAUUGUAGAUAAAAUAAAAAAUCAUUUAGUUACGCUACCUAGCCUGAAGUAUCAAAAAUGCUAGAGAACUUUAAAGGAUCUUAUAGAUCCAAUCUGCUUUUGGAUGAAACUGAUAAGAAUCGCAUAGAGUAAUAACAAAAACAACAAAGAAGCAGAAGCCAAUAAACUAAUAAUGGGAAAUAAGAUGAGAACAUCCUUAUUGCAUUGGCCAAUUAAUAAAAUUUCAACAAUUUCUUUUCUUUUUAAGAAGACGAGGAAUUUGAUAAAGCACAUAAUUUUUGUUACUAUUACCCUUUCUUCAAUCCAGACUUUGUCAUCAAAAAGUAUAAUAAUUUGAAGCAAUGGUAAUAAUUGCUUCCCAACAAAAGUAGAUAUACUAUAAGUUAUGUUUUAAGUGAUAGAAUAAAGGAAAAGGUGAGCUAUAAAUGA